GCAUUUCUUUGAUAAUUGUAGAGAGAGAGAGAGAAAAGUUGUUUCCAGAAGAAGAAGAGAAAGCAUUUCUUGAGAGGAAGUUGUUUGAAAAAAGACUAAUUAGAGUUAGUAGGCGGUGGUGUUAAUGGAGAACGAGGAAUUCAGAUUGGUUUCGCCGGCGAUAGACAAGGACGGAAGGCUACCACGCAAGUACACGGCAGAAGGACAGGGAGCCCUCAAGAACUUAUCUCCACCCUUGGAAUGGUACAACUUGCCUGAAGGUACCAAGAGCUUGGCUCUUGUGGUUCAAGACAUCGACGCCCCAGAUCCGAGUGGGCCUAUCGUGCCGUGGACCAUAUGGGUGGUGGCGAACAUACCACCCACACUGAAGGGUCUACCUGAAGGUUUCUCAGGGAAGGAAGAGGAGGUUGGUGGUGACUAUGCCAACAUCAAAGAAGGCCACACUGAUUGGAAGGUCCCUGGUUGGCGUGGUCCCAAGCUUCCUUCCCAUUGCCAUCGCUUCGAGUUCAAACUCUACGCUUUGGAUGAUAUGAUGCAUCUUGGCAACAAGGUGACGAAGGAGAGACUGUUGGAACUGAUUGAAGGGCAUGUUCUGGGAGAAGCUUGUUAAUGGCCAUCUUCUGAUGCUCUUUUCUCUUCUUUGUCAAACCCUCACUACUUUUCCAAUGUCGCUGUAUUAUGCCUUCUGCAUUUGGGGGUUGAAGAUAAUGGCCCAGUGCUUCUGAUGGAUCUCGCAAUUGAGAAUGUCAGUUACUAAGGCCCUCUUCGCUAUCAUUUUUCCUUUUGGUUUUUGUUCACAAAAAUAGUUAAGGCAAAAAAUUUGCCCUCUCUUUCUCUC